AUGCAUGAGAACAGUCCAGAACAUACAAAGAAUAUGGGGUCAUGGAAAGAACUGGAGAGUCGUAUUGAAAAGGGGCAAACAAUUGACAAAGUUGAGCUGGCACUAAUAAACAAUGAACAACGUAGGUGGCGAGAGGUACUUACCAGGUUCGUGGCUAUAAUUCAUAGUCUGGCAGAACGAAAUCUUCCUCUCAGAGGGUCCACAUACACACUUUACCAGCCCAAUAAUGGGAACUUUCUGAAAGAAGUUGAACUCAUGGCUCAGUUUGACCCUGUUCUCAAAGAACAUAUUGUGAGGGUGCAAGGAGGUGCCAGUCAUACAUCCUACCUAGGCAAUAUUAUUCAAAAUGAGUUUAUUGACUGCAUCAGUAAGAGGGUUGUGGAGUGCAUGGUAACCGAAAUUAGACAAUCCAAAUACUUUUCAAUUAUUUUAGAUUGCACCCCGGAUUUAAGUCACAAGGAGCAAUUAUCUGUGAUAAUUCGAAUAGUUACAGCUGAAGGCACUGCACAAAUUAAGGAAUAUUUUAUCGGGUUCCUUGAGGCCGAGCAGACAACAGGAGAAGACCUCUCAAGACUCAUACUAAAAAAACUUGAAGAGCUUAAUAUCCCCUUUGAAGACUGCAGAGGACAGUCAUAUGAAAAUGGGGCAAAUAUGAGAGGAAAAAACAAGGGAGUCCAGGCUAGACUUCUUCAGUUAAACCCCAGGGCUUUAUUUGUGCCAUGUGGAGCACACACUGUUAAUCUGGUUGUGUGA